GCCCGGCCCUUUAUAGAGCCCGCUCCGCUGCGCUCCGCCAGCCGCUCCUGCAGCUCCGCCGUGGGCAUCCAUCGGCACCGCCGAUCCCCGGGCUCCGCCGCCGAAUCAAAUAAUACAGAUAGAAGAGGCACGAAGUGAGAAGUUGACAACAUGAAGUUACUCAUCUUUCUCAUAGUAGCCCUUGUCACGGGACCAGAUUCUGGUUAUAGCUGGAAGUACUACAACAUGCUAUACAAACGCAGAUCAGAUCACAAGGAAUGCUCUUGUUUGAAUGGAGGCACUUGCAUUACCUAUUACCUCUUCAGUGGAAUUAGUCGUUGCAUAUGCCCAGAAGGAUACACUGGGAUUCACUGUGAACUAGACACUGAUAGCAUAUGCUAUACUCAAAAUGGGGAGGACUACAGAGGGAUGGCAACAGAAGACGAAUGUCUGCCAUGGAACUCGCCCUCACUAUUCAGGAGGGGUCUUUACAAUGCUUACUUGGAGAAUGCUCUGCAGCUUGGACUGGGCAAACACAGCUACUGCAGAAACCCAAAUGGGAGGAACCAGCCCUGGUGUUACACCAAAAAGGGACGUGCCAUUAAAGAAAUAUCCUGUAACAUAAAGAAAUGUGGGCCUUCAUGUGGUCAAAGAAGCAUGAGCAAGAACUUCAAGAUUGUUGGUGGAAGGCAGGCAGAGGUUGAGUCUCAGCCUUGGAUAGCUGGUAUCUUCCAAAACAUAAGGGGCACGGACCACUUCCUGUGCGGCGGCAGCCUCAUCGACCCCUGCUGGGUGCUGACGGCAGCGCACUGCUUUCACAAUCCGUCAAGAAGACAGCUAAACAAAUCUGUCUAUAAAGUCUACCUUGGAAAGUCCAUACUGAAUGUUACUGAUGAUAAGGAACAAGUAUUCAUGGUUGAUGACAUCAUCUCUCAUCCUGAUUUUACAGAUGACACAGGUGGCAAUGAGAAUGAUAUCGCUUUGAUAAGGAUAAGGACAACUUCUGGACAGUGUGCAGUAGAAUCCAAAUAUGUCAGAACGGUCUGCCUGCCAGAGAGGAACCUUUACUUACAAGACAAUACCCCUUGUGAAAUAGCUGGCUAUGGAAAACAAGAUUUUUAUGACAUCUUCUAUGCUCAAAGACUGAUGUCAGCCACUGUGAACUUAAUAUCACAGAGAAAAUGCAAAUCUGAAUACUAUGACAAUAUCAGAGUUACUGACAACAUGGUCUGUGCUGGAGAUCCCACAUGGCAGACUGAUGCAUGCAAGGGAGAUUCCGGUGGCCCCAUGGUCUGUGAACACAAUGGCAGGAUGAUGGUUUAUGGGAUUGUCAGCUGGGGAGAUGGCUGUGCAAAGGAAAACAAGCCUGGUGUUUACACCAGAGUAACUCGAUACCUUAACUGGAUUGACUCCAAGAUGAAUGGGGUGCUUGCCAAAAGUAAUUUUCUUCCUGAACCAAAGUGACCUUUUUUCUACAGCUGGAGUGAAAUGAACAAGACUCAGCCUGUACUGACACCAGGACAGUAAAGACAUGAAUGUCAUAAGAGGCUUUCAUUUUAAAUGCUUGUGUGGUCUGCCACUCACAUCAGUGUUCCUGAGGCAUGAGGCAGAGAGAUGGUUGAUAUAUUAUCUUACUACUCUGAAUUACCUGAAAACCACUCAGUGGGAAGCUAAAAUAUUUAACAUUUAAAUGAGUAUUCCCAUGCACGAUACUAUGCAUAACAAGUUAUCUGUCCACUUCAUUUAUGAGCCAGCAUUUGGUCUGGAAAUAUUGGUACAGUUUUAACUUCAGUAUUCAUUUUAUACAUGACCUGAGACUAAAAUCUCUCCUUGUUGAACUGAAUAAUACUAAGACUCAAGUGCUACAUUCCUAACCAGUUAAGACCAGUAUUGAGUGAUCAGACUUUGCAUUAAAAAGUGGAGAAAAAAAAUGUAGUAGCUGUGUCAGUAUUACAAAGUCUUAAUGUAUUCCACUUAAGAACUGUGCUGUAAGAAGGUGUAUUGGAAAGUUGCUGAACUUCUAGGUCACACCUGUAGGUGUCUGGGUCCCUUGGAACAUGUGGCUAUGUAACCUCUACAUGUAAUAUGUAAUGAGGAAAAGGUUUAAGGACUUAGGACUCAUUGAAUGCUGCAGGUGUCAAAAGUGAGAAAUUUAUUUCCAUUGAUUUAACUGAUAUUAUAUGGAAAUUAGUCCCUCUCCCCCAGCUUAUUCUUGGUUUUAUUUUUAAACUUGUCUUUGUUUUAUAGAUCUGAAUUGUUUUAUAGAUUUGCAUUAUUUGUAUGAGGGCUGGAACCUCACACUUUAUUUAAUUAUUUUUACUGUGUUUAACUUAUUGUUUGUAUUAUGGAUUGUAAAAUUUUAUUAAAAAAACCUUGUUCUUA